AUGAAUGCGUGGCUAACGGACGCCUCUAAUAUCCCCAACCAUGACAAUGGGACAUUUAAUGGGACCAUCGAUCCAUCCAUGGCUUUCCUCCAGCCAUCGCAGGCUCCCCAAGACCCUGCUCAAUUCCAGCGCAUGUUUCAGAACGGAGUCCCUCGCAACGUCUCCCCCGGUUUUCACAAUCCUAACCAGGUGAUACCGUCAAAACGGCCGAGACCUGAGGAUGGCAUAUCUAUGUCUCCAAGACAAGCGCCAGGCGGACUGCCAGUGUCGCGUUCUCAAACACCUCAGGUUCCCUAUCCAGGUUACCAAGGGCCGACAAAUGGAAACCCUCAGUUUGCGCACCCGACCGCCUAUCAGCAUCUCCAGCAGCCACAACAACGAGGCCCACUAAACGCAUCACAAUCUCCUAGUCUGCAAGAAUUCGAUCAACACGGUGUUCAAAAAAUGCAGACGUCGUCUCCUAGUCCUUUCUCUCCCGCAGGUCCUGUAACAAAUCAAAUUUCUCCGCCUCAGUCUGACCACGGAAGCCGAGUCAACACGCCACAAAAUAACACUUUCAUACAGGGACAGACUUUCCCUCAAGGAAUAGCCCCUCAAUUUACACAACAAGCGACUAUGACAUCGGGCGCAAACCCAGCUUCCAUGCAAGCGCAACUUGCCAAUAUGCCGCAGGGCUUUUCGCCGCAGGCUAUGGCUGCGCAGCAGCAGCGGCUAUAUCAGAUGCAAUUACAGAAUCAAGCGCGCCAGAUGCAAGUUAAUAACCCUGCUAUGGUAGGCCGCCCGACCAAUGCAAUGAACCCUAUGGUAAACCCUCAAAUGGCUGCCUUGCGUCAGAUGCAGCACAAUAUGGCCCAGCCAAACAUUGCCAAAGCAAAUAGCCCGGAAAUAUUCUUAAAGACUCUGCAAAAGUUUAUGAUGACUCGCAACCAGCCUCUGGAUCUCAAUCCCGUUGUAAGCGGACGACCUAUCCAUCUGAUGCAAUUGUAUGCCACUGUGAUGAAAAUGGGCGGUUCCAAAAAGAUAUCGACGACCAACAUGUGGCCGGCAAUUGCUCAGGCUUUGCAGUUCCCUCACCAACAAUAUCCAAAUGCUGCUCUCGAGAUUCGCGACAUCUAUGCCAAAAAUCUAGCCGCCUAUGAACACGCUAUCAUUAUGAGUAGCCAUCAACAUAAGCAAAUGGACAGUAUGCCACAGCGACAGUCUGCCGACCCAAACUCAAUGCAGUUCCAGCAAUCUCCUGUCAAAGCACUUCCAGAAUUUGAAGCCCAGGGUUCUCAGCAAUUCACCCCGUCGCCUCAGGUUACAGCGGCCAUGUCAAACAGUAUGCCGGCAGGUUCAACAAAUGGCCUUGGAACCCCCCAGCAACCUCGACAGGCUAAGCAACAACCACAUCCACAACAACCCCAGCCACCGCACGGCCAAUCCAACCAACGAGCGGGAGUUCACCGACAAGCGCAGAUACCGGCUUCCCCCGCUGACCCAUCUUUGCAAUCACAAGUUGCACCACCACCUCCUGGGGUCUCAGCCAAAUCGGUUGCUCCUACGGGUAAGCCCACACCGGGACAAGAAUCGGCCCCUACCAAGGCCAUCAAACAUCACAUCGAUAAGACUUUCAAAGCAGCUGUUCUUCCGGACAAUCACAGGCAUGGACCUGUGGUUGUAGAUGAGAUCUACCAGCUCGGCGAAGAAAUCACGAGGUUAAAACCGAACGUACCUUCGUUUCCCGAGCUAGGAGUGAUUGAUAUUCAUGCUCUAAUCAUGAGCAUAAAGUCUGGUAUACACGCUGAAGUACGGGUAGCUUUGGAUACAUUGAUGACCUUAUCUUCCGAAGCGUCGGUUCUCUCUUUGGAUAACUGCGAUGAUCUUGUGGAAACUUUAGUCGAUUGUGCAGAAGAACAGCUCGAUCUGCUCGCGGAGAAUGCAGCUGAGGUCUCGGAUGAAAUGCUGUUGCCGUCUUACGAAGAGGUGGUUCGCGGCUGCCACGUAGAGAUGGCAUCACUUCUGGACGUCCCGGAAUUUGGCAGUUUGGGUUACGACCUUGAUCGGGCCGCUGAUAGAGUGCUUUGUAUCACUGCGCUACUCAGAAAUUUCUCAUUCUCGGAAUCUAACUUCAAUAUACUGGGAAGCGCGCCAGUUAUCACGAUGUUCUCUACAAUCAUCCGAUAUCUAGGCACCCGCAACAUGCUAUUACGUACCAACCAAAAUAUCUUGGACUUUAUGAAAGAUACCGUCACAUAUCUGAGUAACAUCGCUCAAAGUGUUCUGUUGCCGGGCAAAGAAGAGGCGUUCUGCUUGCUUCAUUUUGUCCUAUCUUUUGCGCCAUUGCCGACUCCUGUGCUCGGCCCUGAUGGUGUCACAUUCACUCAAUACUCGCCCUCCAUACAUAAAUAUACACCAGCAGCAAUUGAUGGUUUGGCCAAGCUUCUUGCUCGCGAUGAGCCGAAUCGCAUGUAUUUCAAAGCGAUUUUCCAGGAGUCUCAAUGUUCUCCUCAAAAUGAAUUGCUCACUCGUGCAUUUGGUAUGGCUAUAUGUCCUGUACCUGAUCAACCACGGAAACCUUUGUCAUUUGCAGAUGCUCGGAAAGUCUUUCUCAUGCAAGGGCUAUUAGCUGCCGAGAUUCUCACGGGUCUGGCUGAUGGCAUAACUGCGCGAACCUGGCUUCAGUCAACGGACCGAUUUGCUGUUCAUCUAUUACGACUAUGUUGUCUGCUUAGUACAGAUCGCCUUGCUAUGCAAUCAAAUCCUCGUCAUCCUCAGGCACGGAACCAACCAGACCCUGAACAUCAUGCUUAUGUAUCUAUCAUCAACCGAGGCUUGAGCAUUCUUCGAAAGCUAGCCGAAAAGUCUAAGCAGGAAGACUCUAUAUCCGGACGACCUUUCCCACUUGGCGUGUUGCCCAAACGAGAAAGUCUUUUGGGCGCAUUAUUGACACCAAAUCUGGAGCCAAGCGUUGUGAAACAGUUGAUUGCAUAUGCGGGAUUGGGGGAGUAA